AUGGCCGUUGCUGCAUUCCCGUCUGAGGCUGUGGCCGAUGCCAUCGCGUCGUGUCUCGCUGGGAUUGUUGACGUUUAUCAUGCUGUACGAGCGAUACACAGUCAGAGUUAUACAGAUCAGUGUGACGCAGACUUUGCUCGCUUAUCCGAUGCCUUGGCUAUUUCGGUACAGCGUGUCAAAGAUAUUGAUGUUGCAGAUGAGGCUAGUUCGGUCUACUUGAUCAAGUUCGCUUGUAUUCAGAUAGGCGAUGACCUCGUUGUUCACAUCGAUCGUAUCUUGGCAUCGCUUAACGGUCGAAUUGACGGGACCAGCUUUUGUAAGCUCUGGUCUCAGGAAGACCUCACUGUUCUUCAUGUACGGCUGCGAGACAUGGAGCAUCAGUGCCAAGACAUGCUUCCGUCUUCACAUGCUCUUCGUCUCCUCCAGCUUGCUGACCUACAACUUGCUGAACCUGAUGCUGAACUCCACGAGGAUGGACCAGAUGAGCCAGCUGAGAUCGUUGAUUCAAAUUCCCAAAAUGACACUGAGCAGACUCCUAAUAUCAAGACCGCUACCCCAAAACUUGCUUCUGCUGGUCUCAUCAAUGACUUCAUUCUUGAGAGCCUCGCAUACAAGAGUAUGCACGAUCGCGAAAGUCAGGUUACAGAGGCCCACGCAAAAACCCUCGACUGGAUCUUUGACGGCUCGCCUAUUAGCCAGCCUCUUCGUAAAAAAUUCAGAGAGACUUUCACAGCAUGGCUGAACAGCACGGACUUUGGUCCAAUCUAUUGGAUCACCGGAAAGCCAGGCUCCGGCAAAUCCACCCUUAUGAGAUUUCUUUCGCAACAUCCUAAGGCCGUGUACUAUCUUCGCAAAUGGGCCGUUAAGAAACCUGUGAGCACGGCAGGCUUCUUCUUUUGGACAAGUGGUUCCAGACAGCAGAGGUCCCAGACAGGCCUGUUGCGGUAUCUUUUGCAUCAGCUGUUAUCUGCAGAUCCUGAUCUCAUCGAGAAGGCAUUUCCCAGCCUUUGGACCCAACUACGACAGAUGACUACCAAAGAAAGGAUCAAUUUUGCUCUGGAUUGGUCUGCUGAAGACUUGCAAGCUGCGUUUCAUUCACUUUUGGAUUCGGCAUUACCUAAGACGAAUAUCUGCCUCUUCAUCGAUGGCCUCGAUGAAUUCGACGGUGAUCAUCGUCACAUUAUUGAUUUCUUCAUGGGGCUGACCUCAAGAUAUGACGGCAAGUCGCUCAAGCUUUGUCUUUCCUCUCGGCCUUGGGACGUGUUUGAGAAAGCUUUCGGGAGUUCCGUUCCCAAUACGAAGCUACAGGAUCUUAGCUACGAGGACAUGUACUGCUAUGCACAAGACACUCUCAAAACAAAUGCUCAUAUUCGACAACUGAUUAAGCAGAAUAAGAAAGCCAUUCAUACCUUGCUCACUUCAGUAGUUGAGCAGGCUGAUGGAGUGUUCCUAUGGGUCAGACUCGCCGUCGAGAGAAUGCUCGCUGCGUUUCAGAAUACCAGCGAGUUUGACAUUCUGGACAAAACCCUAAAGAGUCUUCCUACUGAGCUCGAUGACUUGUUCGAGAAGCUUCUUUACAAGGAUCAGACAUCUUCGGAGAUCAUGCAGACUGCGACAUUGUUUCAGCUUAUGCAUGCCAGGGAGACAGUUGCAGAUUUCAUCAAAGAUGAAUCUUCCAACUCAUUGACUGUCUGGGAGAUUGCCUUUGCGCUUUCCCAAGAUGACGAUAUCUUUGCAAUCGAUCGAAAAGUGGAAGAGGCCACCGAGAAAGAAAUUCAAAGUCGCUGCGGAACAACCGUUGGACAUAUCAGGGCUCGUUUCUCUGGACUUUUGGAUGUGCACAUGGGAGGGCGUGUUGGAAAUAUUCGCACAAGCGUCGCUGCUCUGGUGACUACCAGCAAAGUCAUAUACAUCCAUCGAACAGUCCGAGACUGGCUGAUGGAAACGGGUGGUUCACGGCUCACGUCGCUUCAGUCUCCAGACUUUGAUCCUCACCUUCGUCUUCUGCGAUCCUACAUCCUCCGUCUCAAACACCCCCUUGAAGAGAUUGAACAUCAUCGGCGCUUAGACGAGUGGUAUCCCGAUAUUGCACUCGCCAUGACUCAUGCUAGAUACGUCGUCAACGAUCCGGAACAGCUGCAGCGGCGGUUUAUUAAUGAGAUGGACAAGACUAUCUCUUGGCUUUGGCGUGCUAAACCAUCUGAUCCGCACGAUCACUGGGCGAAGAGCACUUUCGGGGCUUAUGAAGUUAGGGCCAUGGCUCCGCCUAUUCAUAGACCGUUCUUGUGCCUUGCUACUAAGUUUGGUCUAACGGAGUACGUCUGUCAAGAAGUCACGGACUUGAACUCGUCUGCAGACCUAACUGAGGAUGAGAACGACGGGUCAACACCGCUGCUAUCAUACGCAACAGAGUUCCUCUGCUCUCGAAACAAAACCAUAUUUCCCCUCUCAUCACCUAAACUUAUCCGCUGGCUUCUCGAACACCCAUCAUCCAUCAACCCAGGUCCCAACCACGAAUACAAACACUUCAUCACACGCCAGCCGACCACGCCAUGGCUAGCUGUCCUUCGCCACCUCCGUGACGCGAAGCGGCGAGGAUGGAUCGAGUACUACGAUACUAACCCAGAAGGCACAGCGCGCUGGGCUGAGAUUUUGAGAGAUUUCGUCCAGUAUGCCGAUGUCAAUGCUGUGGUAAAGAAGGAUGCAUGGGAUCCGGAGAUUACGGCCUUGGGGGUUAUGGAGUUACUUGAGGAGACUUAUGGCUCUGCUGAGGUGCGGAGGAUCAGGGUUUUGAUGGAAAGCAAGAUUGAGCAGUGA